GCAUCAGCUUCUCUGGUUCCUGUUUUGCGCAAAUAUCGGCGUUGUGGCGGUUCUCUACAAAACAACGGAAGGCUUGGGAGAUGUUCACGCACUAAACAACCGGUAUUUUCCUAAGAUUAUACCUCUUCUGAAAGCUCAGAAAGAGGGCGGGAGCGAAUCACCGUGGCACAGCGUCACCUAUGAGCAGAAGAAAAUAAUCACUCACGCACCGAAACCGACUGAUGUAACACUGACCCCAAUCUUUCCUGAUUGGAAGGUGGUUGAGGAUAAAGAGCAGAACACCGAGUCGUGGAAGUAUGAUAUACCACAUUGGCAGACGGCUUAUCCUAAGCUGAGGGAUCUGCGGAUGACUCCCCGCGCCCGCGAGCAGGCGGAUCUCGACUUUAGUGAAGGCGACAAACCACUCGGUACGGGGGGAUUCAGUCGGGUCUUCGGUGUUGAACGGAGUGUUAACGGUAGGCAAGAAAAAAGAGCUUUGAAGCACGUAGUAGUACCGCUGAGGGAGGAUGAGGUGGAUGCGCAGAAAAUCAAAGAACUAGAUUUUUCCGCUUCUAGUGUCGAUCCAACUACACCAAGCUCAUCUACGAGUCCUGAAAAGGAAAAGAUUCAAGUGUCUUUGGCAGUGGAGGCGACAGACAAAAGAGGCUCUUUCCGACGGAUACUUCUGAACCUUUUUUUAUUGAAUCCCGAUAUCGCAAUGGCGCUCAGGGAAGCGUACGUAGCGCUUGACAUUUUCAAUCGAAGUAGCUCGGCGCGUCGUCCUUGCUGCGUCAACACUUACAGCGUGCGCGUAGCUUUUUCUCGAACGGUUGUCACGAAUGUUGUGGGCAGCGCCGCAGUUCAAGAAACUCUUUAUCAUGUGCAGAUUCUCUUUGUAAUGGAGCGCAUGGAGCAGGGAGACUUGGUCCAUUUCUUGAAACUUGACAAAAACAAGAGGCCGAGUGGCCCCAUCACCCACCGGGGCUUGCUCCAAUUGGUCACAGGUGUGGUUCAAGCUGUUCAGGGUCUGCACGAGCUGCAAUGGACCAACGGUGUAUGGCAAAAGAGGUGUUGUCUAGGUGUACACCAAGCGGUACGAAGUUAGCGGUGAAUCAUAAAGAAACCUGAAUGGUCGUAUUCGUAAACAAGCUGGGGUGCUGGCUUUCAUUCUUUGAUAAACUAUUCCGUUAGUCGAUUCCUUUCUGACAACUAGACAGCUACUUCUUUAUAUUUAACUACUCAUUUUCGGAAUUCUGACGCCGGCCCUUUUUUCCUACCUCAGAUUCCUUUCUUCAUACAUCGACAUCAAGCCGGAAAACUUUCUCAUUGGGUGGACGAACGCCGAGAAGCCGAAGGUAUUGGUCAAGAUCGCGGAUUUUGGUGGGGCUCUGCCCGACGGACAAAUGCGGUCAUUACAUGACGCCCACACAAAACUAUAUGCGGACCCGCGAUUCUAUGGCGACGCGCUGAUACCUCCUAAGAUGACAUCCGAUUCGCUGCAGCGAGCAAUGGUGUCGGAUAUACUGGCAAAACCCGAGCCACUACUAAAAGCAAUUCCAUGCGAUAUCUGGUCCGUUGGCAGAACCUUAUAUGCUGUUGCAGUAAAUUAUUGGCCGUCUGUGUCUGCAACGAUGACAGAGAAAAUGAUGGAACCUUGCAAGAAGUACGACGCGGCACUCAGGAACCGGAAGCCCGACACGCAGACAAGUUGAGAAUUGGUCAUAUAGAAUUUUCUUAGACGAGAUUUAUUUUCGAUAUUCUAUACUAGCCUAAGCCUCCACAAGCUUCGCCCGGCUUCAAGUUUAGCACUUUUCUGCCUCCCCCGGGCAACAGACUCCAGAGUAGAGACAGCCCGCGGGUGAGCUGUUGCACUCUACGAAUUGACUACGGCAGGUGCGGGGUGUCGGCGCUGGCUGACUCAGAUGCGUCGACUCAUGAGCAGGGAGUCGCGUUGCCUUCGGUUUUUUUAUGGGAUUUCCGGGAGGUCAUGCAGGUUCUUACGAAUUUAUAAGACCUCCACGGCAGUCCAACAGGAAAACCAGAAGAGAGCCACCAGACACGCGCAAGAAUCUGGAGGCCCCAACGUGCGCAGACGCCUCGCGGUGGCACCAGGCAAAACCCUUUGACGGGUCAAACAAGAAAAAGCAACGCAGGGCCGCGCUGCUUGGGUCUCUCUACGCGCCUACAGCUGGCGGGGCUUCUCCUUUGCUUCGUCCGACGUCUUUCGUCAGAAACAGAAGGGCGCACUUCGCGCGAGCUUGGUUGGGGCGUCGUUGAAGCGCGGCGCCUCUUGUCAGGCUGACGCCUUUCGUUGGGCUGACGGCUUGCGCCAGGAUGGAGACUGACGCCAUUCGCCAGACUGAUGCCUUCUGUCAGACCAACGCUCUGCCUCGGACCGACGGCCUUCGCUGGGCAGGCCGGCGCCCUUCAGCAGGCGCCCGGGGUCAGGCUGGGGCUUUUCGUCGGGGCGGCGUCCCUCGUCAGGCUGUCAGCCUUUCGUCAGGCUGAAGCGCUUCGCCUGGCUGACAUCUUUCGCCGGACCACGGCUGACGUCUUUGGUCAGGUUCGUUGCUGGCUUUCUUUGGCUUGGCGCUUUUCGUCAGGCUGAUGCACUGACCAGGUGAAGCCCCUCGCCAGGCCGGCGCACUACUUCGCCAGGCGUCUUCUUUGCGUCGGAACAGGCUGAGUCAGUGCGGCCUCUUUUCGGGCUGCGGAUGUCUUUCGUCAGAUUGGGCUUGAAGCCUUUCGUCGGACUGAUCUGGCGUGCUAUCGGGUUUAGGGUUUAGAAGUCUUGCAGUUUGUUCCUUCGUAAGCGACCUACUUAGUCUGGCGCUGAGAAACUUCUCUAAUCCAACGGGCUGCAGCGCAGUUGGACCUGGGGAUUCCACUCUGACGCGCAAGGUCAGAAACUCGAAUCAGAUUCAGACUGGUGGACUUCUAAAACGGAAUAUUUGGAAAAUAAAAAAUUCUGGAUUUUCAACGAUGGGUUCCACAAGUGGUGUGUGUAUCGUAGGUUUUUUCUCAAACUUGAAAAACCUUUUGCGAAAUUCAAAGCCCAUGGCUUCACGACAAAUUUUCCACCUCCUUUCGAUGAGCACUCUAGUAUUGACCUUUGGACUCAAUGCGCGGAAUGUCAAAAACAAGAAAGUGAAUCAGAAGAGCAACGCAAAGAAAGGGAAAAACAGAGAGGCUUCUACUGUUUCAUGCUAGCACUGCAGAGGUACGCUUUGAAUCACGACCCUGAGAAGCGAGACUUGGAGAAGCUGAAGAACUCUCUGAAUGCUCUAGAAACCCGUCCACCAAAACUAGCAGUAUUACUGGACGCACUUCCAAGUCAACCAACAGAGACGCUAAGGCAGCUGCGAAACACAUUUUCGAAACAUGGUUGUGCACCAAAAACUACAGGAAGCUCUAUUGAGACGUCUACAGGUGCGGCGAAAGGUCAAACAAGCAGCUUCGCUCAGACCAACUCGCGUCCGUCUUCUGAGGACGUCACAACAAGAACUAUAGAAGCUGAAGCCAAUGGCGAACUGCAACAGCUCAGAUACGCUCCUGCAGAUCAGAGUCAAACCUUCAACAGCAAUGCUGAUACUGUCAUCCGAGACGAAGAGGCUUCAUCUUCUACUUUUGUUUCAGAAGAACCAGAGGGUCCAUCUUCUGCUUCUGCUGGAGCACACUACAAGGUAGUUCAUCCGCACGUACAGAAAAGGAAGAACUACAACUACAAGAUGAACAAGAAAAACAAGGCUGGUGGGGAGUUCAAUGCGUUUUUGGAGUUGCAGGGCUUCGUGAGGAACAACUUUGCAGAGCAAGCAGAUGCCGAGAAAGAUGAGCCUCUAAUUGAUGUGCCUGUUAUUACGGGUCCGUGUAGCACAUUUACUAAAACUGCUGUAGUGUCCAGCAUGCUGUAUUCGUCACUUAGUUCUCCUCGAACACCAGAGAUGAAGUCUCGCUGUGUGUCAUAUCAUAAGAACAGCACUCACUUUCACUACAAAAUCCUCUGCCACUGUCAUUAGGUUUCCUCGGGUAGGUCAGAGACCUGCUGAGUCACAUCAUAGUCAGCUCUCCUAAUGCAACCAAGCAGGAAGAGGAUCGCGAUCGCGACCAGCCGUCUGCUUCGGGGCAGAACCCGGAAACAAGUGGUGGCCUCGGUUCCGGUAUCCUCGAGCUGUGAGUUCUCACUCCGCGCAUCAUGGUGGUAUUGACAUACUUUUGAUUUUCGUUAUAGUUGUUCGAGUUCGACGCUGACUAUCGUUCAAUGAGUUUUAGAUUCAUAAAUCUUUGUCUCCAAAGGAACUGCAUCUUCUCUCAGUAUUCUUGCAACAUCUGACCUCAUCUCUUAUCAGGAUGCGCGCAUGAAUGAAGUAUGGGAACAAGGAGGAGUAAAAUCAUGAAGGUGGUGAGGUUUAUAGUUUGUUUGUGUACUAAAAAGAAGUUGAAUUUGGGAUGAAGAAAGGAAUAAAAGACUGGGACGAGGAGGAAAAAAGGUGUAUGUCGUGUAUCGCAUGAUAUAAGUAGAUGAUAUUCUAUUGUACGAGAAGUAGAUAUUACGAAACUGAAAGUGAUAUGAAAAUCGAUGAAGUGAUCUACAUGAUGAAUG